CAGUAGUGUGGGUAAUGGCCGUCGCGGGGCGGGUAAGCGGGCGCGAGGGACAGGGAUUCUCAAUGGUCAUCAUGGUCGGCCUCGACCUAAUGGUCAUCCCCUCCAGCAGCAGAAUCCCCAAGACAUCCCGCAGCCACUGUCCCCAGUUUCACCCCAUGCUAUACCCCAAGCCUCGCCCCAGCAACCAUCAUCCAUACUGUCUCAGACACAAAUUCCAUUUAGAGACAUGCCCAAAACACAAGCCUGUCUGAAGAAGCUAAGCGGCGCAGUAAUAGCUCCAGCUAUAUCCACGUCACUUGUAACUGCGAGUAAAGGAAGAGAGCGUUGGGGAGGGUGGCUCGGUGGUUCACUGGGCUCCCACGGUGGACGGAGUGAAGUUUCUCGACAGCAUGCCAACUCCAGUCCUCUGCACUCUUCUGAGCUGAGAAGUUCUGGCUUUGACAUGACUAAACUAUAUCCCGAGUUGUCUGCCAAGCUGGGCCUCACCAAGCACAAUCCAAGUGACAAUAUACAUAACCAUAAAAAUGGCAUUACUGUCAGAGAAAAUUUUACCUCAGGCCCUUUAAGAAAACUAGAAACUGUGACAGAUGACUCUAGAAUUAAGGUCGUUUCUACUGGCCAGAUUAUUAACAAUACAAAAGGACUUAUAGCUGCCAAACUUGGUAAUGGAGUUCAAACUAGUAAAUCCAGUAGUGUUAAGCCAUCAAAGCCAAAGCCCAGAUGUAGUGAUAGAGGGCAGAGAAGGGGGAAUCACAGUCGGACAAGCGGAAGACCAGACGGCAUCUCUUCAGGAACAGUACACACUUCCACCCAUGGGCUAGGUCCAGCUCCUAGCAAGGGACCAAGCUCAUCUAGCAGCAUCAAAAGUACUGGUACCAUCAAUAUCCGAAGUGAAAGCAACAGUUGUAACACUAGUAGUAUACUGGAAGAACAGCUUAGAGGGGGAGUCAACCAGCGGCAAGUGGUAGCUGUGUCGCAAAGUUUAACCUUGAAUCAAUCUAGGAUAUCGCAACCAACUCUCCCUAGACCUGUUGCGGUGUCUGCUUCUCUCACUCUAUCAUCAACGUCGGCCUCCCCUGGUAGGAGUCUAGUCAUGACGCCCACCACCUACCUUCCUUCAGUGACCACCCAUCAGACUCGAGUGGUCACGUUACUUCCUCGGAGGCUUCCGCCACCUGCCAUCACCGGUACUGCUGCUGCCACUCUUCCCGAGCCUCUCUUACGGGUCCACACGCUACGGGAAAAAUAUUACGCUUAUAAUUCCGAUCUCUUUCCCUUAGGCGUUGAGACGAGCGAGGAGAGUGAUGGCAGUGACACAGAUGACCUUUGUGGGAGUCAACAAGGCUGGCUAGACCCCAAUGAUGGCCCUUAUGAAAGAUACCAAAGUUGGGUGAACAAUACUCAUGAGUUGAGUGGGAGACAGCAGAGUUGGGUGGAUCCUGCAAGUUUAUCACAUUUAUCAGGUGGCUCUAGCUGUCAGCGAUCCAUCAUGCUCUCCGUUGCCCUUGCAUCACACAGAAGACAAGUUACUGCAUCUCGUGUUCGAACGGAAGUGCGUUCAUGGGAGGUUGAGAGGCGGUGUCCCCUCACGCAGACCCUAGUAGAUGCAGCACGCACUCAUCCUCGCCUUACGGCAGAUGCUUGCUGCCUCUACCGUACUUCAAGAACUAACCAAGAAUCUCCAAAAAUAAAAUCUAGGUUUAGAUCAUCGGUGCUGAUGCGACGGGGGUGUGUGUACAAUGACGGCGAGGGUGGCGGAGAGUGUCGGGAACUCUCGUUGCCUGGGACGAGACACUGCUUACGGCAUAUCAUGUAUAAUGUGGAUCAACAGUUGUAUACUCACUGCACCGCACGGCACCCAGACAACACGUUGUGUCGGGUGCCCGUAUUUGAUGUCUCCCAUGAGCUUCCACUGUGUUCGCAGCAUAGCAAAACACAGGAAAAUAAUGUUAAAACCGUUUUGGAAGAGAUUCCAAAGCCUAAAAGAUCUCGGAAAAAGAACAAAAUGCCAAUUUUGUCGAGAUACGGCAAGCGAAGCAAGAAACGGAGGAGAUCUUCCAAUUCUAUGUGUUCAGUGAUUCCAUCUACCAGUGUACGACCCCCUAUGGCCAGUCAGUCUUCACUCUCCUCCCCACAGCCUUCCCCCACAACCCCACAAACUUCCCCACAUUUCUCAACAGCUUCAUGUACAGAUUCUGUGGCUGAAGCAGAGGAGAGUGAACUAGAUGACGACAUGGAGGGUAUGGUAGAAGGCCUCGAUGCAGCAUCUCGUCUGUUGGACCCGCGUGACCUCCAAGAUGUCUUGAACCGUAUCCCAGAUCAUGAGUUAACACAGCUCUUUGAUGCUCCAGAAGGUAAGACGGGAGAGUUCGAGAAUGCUGCAGACGACAAGGGUGAGAUAGACACAGAUCGGGGUGAUGAUGACGAUGAUCACUCAAUAGGUUCUCCAAUACAAGCUCAUAGUCCCCCAUGUACAACUCCAACUGUUGCUGCAGCCACCACCACCACCACUACCACCACCACCACUGCCUCGUCUACACCUCCAUUAACGGAAGAAGGCACUACGCUAAGUUUGGACGAAUCCACCUUAAAUGAACUUGUUGCUGGUAACAUCCCAAUAGACUCUAUUAUCUCUUCCUCCUUCAACCAGCAAGAGCUUAACACUAUAUCACAGGCUUUGUCCAAUAUUGUACAGGAAAAUAAUAUUAAUCUUGCAGGAUUUGACCUCAGUGCAGGUAAUUCUUUUUCUGCUUCUGAAGCAGGAGGGUCUGGUCCGGUGGGAGAUGUAAGUGAUAAUUCACUCAUGUCGCAGGCCAGUGAUGGAGUGGGCCAAGCAGACUUUAGUGAAUCGGGACGUCCAGUAUCUGAUUGUAAAGUUAAUUUAUUAAGUCACUGCCCUGGAAUUAUAGGAGACACUGCCACACUCUCCCCAUUAAAAUAAUUACAUGCUGGUGUUACUACUCAUCAUUGUAGGCAUCUUCAUUGUUGGUCACGCUGAAUAAUGUGGAAAGUAGAGUGCGUUAAUACAAUAUGGAUGGGUUACCUUGAUUGGUGUUCUCUUUAAAUACAGUAAUGUUUUAUACAGAAACAUAUUUCUUUGUCAUUUUUAUCUGCAUUGUUUUCAGUCAGUGUGUAAAUGGUAAUAUAAGACAAAGUUGAAUUGUGAUUGCAACCAUUUAGUCAUAUUGUUACAUUCACUCGGAUUUGUUGUCAUGCGGUGAUUUCUGCGGCAAAAGUCAGUUAUCUCAAGUGGCUGAGUGCAGCUCAAGCGCAUUACUAGUUGCAGAUGUGUGCUUAGUACAAGGUCAUCUUCAAUUUUUAACCUUUUUUUUUUUUUAUAUGUAUAUAGAUUUGUUCAAUGAGUUCAAGAAUAUUUAAUAUGGAACUGCUUGGGGCAUAUUUUGAUUUGCAUUGAUUGACAUAUUUAUUAUUAGUAAUUUAUGCACGUCAAAAAAUGACUUGAGUUCACCAAAUUUCCAUGAUUAUUUUUUUUUUUUUUUUUUUUUUUUUUGUGUCUUUAUAAUAUAUGACCUGAUUUAAUAGUUGAAAACUGGCAUGUGUAUUUUACAUAUCUGAGCUGUGUACAGGCAAGAGGCACUGGGGUUCUGAGGAGUUGUGCAUUGGGAGGGGUAUGCUGUAUAUAAACCAUGCAUGUUAUUGGUAUCCAUUGUGGUGGAAAUGUUGUUUGAUACUGUUAGUAGAAGCAUUAAAAACUAUCUGCUAAUUUUGAGGCGUUUUUCCAAGAGUGUGUGUGUGUGUGUGGCUCGGCUCGGACCACACGGCGACCAAGACACUGGUAUUCUGGACAGUGUACGAGGUUGCAGGCUCAUGGCGUCUGUGGGGAUUGGCAUGAAUUACAAGUUUUUAUUGUCAUUAUUAUUAUUAUUUAU